GGUUUGUUAUGUCUAGGCGAUCGCAAACAGCACGGCACGACGUGGUGAAUCUCAGCUGCAUUCGAAAAAGUUGCGCGUGUGCGUUUGACAGGAAACUCCCCCAUCCCUGCGCGACCGGCUACUUGUUUAGACAGGGGCGAGCGUGCGAUUGGUUAACUGAUGAACCUGAGAUCACUUCUCCUUUUUUUUUUAAACCCCCCUCUCUCGGGUCUCACUUCCCUUCUGUUUGUUUUAUGCACGUACCAGCGUGUGCAGGUUUUUUUCUCUCUUACGACAGAGCCACGCUCUCCACUCCCCCUGCAUGUAAAUUACGUGUGACAUGUUUUACUGCUGUUUCCUAAUAUGGCUCGUGCUAGAUUUCAGAGCGGUAGGACCCAGUCAGGCACCCUGGGACUGCACAGGGGCGUGUGUGCGAGAGCGUAACUGUCUGCGAGAGGGAAAAGAGAGGGGAGAGAGAUGUUGACGCAGGUUUUCACUUCUGUCUGAGUGCGUCACUCUUCCGUGCAGUCAUGUAAGUAAACGCUGAACACGCUCUCACUGCAGAGAGACACAUACGGAUUGGAGCUCUCGCAGGUCUGCUCGUCGGCUGCACUGAAACAGAAACAUGUGGGUACUGAGUAUCGUGCCCUCUCUUGCGUCUGCCGCUGCUUGGACCUGCUUAUAGUACCAGCCUCAGCUUUCCUGCCUGCUUGCUGCCCACAUCAGUGAAAGGACUGCCCGCACAACCCCACAAUCUCUGAGACCCCGAACAACCCCUAUACAAACACAUAGAGCUGAAGUGGGCACUGUUGAAUCAGCCAAUCAGAUUCAAGGAUUUUUGCUUUGGGAUCCAUUACUGCAGUUCUCUUUUUCCUAGCAGCAACAGUUUUUGUCCAUUUUGCUUUGGCCUGGUGUGUAUCCACAAGGAAAGAGGAGCUUAAUGAUCUAAGAAGGAGAGGAACAUUCUUAAAAGGACAAACACAAGCACACCCAAAGCACUUUGGGAUAUUAGGGAUUGAAGUUUGCUUGCCGCUAAAGCGUGUUGAGAUGGCGAUGAACAUGGCUCACAUGCGGGACACGAAAUGGCUGACGCUGGAGGUGUGUCGGGAGUUUCAGCGGGGAACGUGUGCUCGCUCUGAUGUUGAGUGCAAGUUUGCACAUCCAGCCAAGAGCUGCCAGGUGGAGAACGGGAGAGUCAUCGCGUGCUUUGACUCACUGAAGGGUCGUUGUUCCAGAGAGAACUGUAAGUACCUGCACCCUCCUCCUCACCUGAAGACGCAGCUGGAGAUUAAUGGCCGUAACAAUCUGAUCCAGCAGAAGAACAUGGCAAUGCUUGCCCAGCAGAUGCAGCUAGCCAAUGCCAUCAUGCCAGGAAGUCAGCUUCAGCCAAUGGUGAGGCUCCAUUCUUAUGACCUCAAGAGAGAUACAGAAGCAUUUUCUGUGUUUGUUUUUGUUUUUUCGGUGACGCUUGGAAUUAACGCCAGUGCAGCUGCUGCAGCAGCCGCCGCCGCUGCGUUUAAUCCGUACCUGGGCCCAGUGUCUCCUGGGCUGAUGCCCGCAGAGAUCCUGCCCAGCGCACCUGUGCUGAUGGCGGGCAGCCCUGCUGUGCCGUCCGCUGCCAACGCCGCAGCAGCUGCUGCUUCAGCAGCGGCCGCACAGAAACUCCUCCGAACAGACCGACUGGAGGUGUGCCGUGAAUACCAGCGUGGCAACUGCUCCCGUGGAGAGACGGACUGCAGGUUUGCCCACCCUGCCGACAGCACAAUGAUCGACCCCAGUGAUAACACAGUGACCGUGUGUAUGGAUUACAUAAAGGGCCGCUGCUCCAGAGACAAGUGCAAAUACUUCCACCCCCCUGCACACCUGCAGGCCAAGAUCAAAGCGGCCCAGCACCAGGUCAAUCAGGCCACGGCCGCCGCUGCCAUGACUCAGUCGGCUGUCAAAUCACUGAAGCGACCCCUCGAGGCCACCUUUGACCUGGGAAUUCCUCACAGUGUCAUGCCACCUUUGCCAAAGCGGCCUGCGCUUGAGAAAGCCAACGGUGCCACGAGCAUGUUCAGUACUGGCAUGCUCCAGUACCAGCAGGCUUUGGCCAACAUGCAGUUUCAGCAGCAAGCUGCCUUUAUUCCGUCAGGCUCAAUAUUGUGCAUGGCCCCUGCAGCGAGUGUGGUUCCCAUGAUGCACGGCGCUUCCCCGGCCGCUGUGUCCGCAGCAACCACAUCUGCCACAAGUGUUCCCUUCGCAUCUGCAUCAGCCAAUCAGGACUCUUCUCUAUCAAAGCUGACUACCAACGAAUACAUGCAAUUGAUUCCAAUAAUAUCUGCAGAGCAUCUGACUAGUCACAAGUACUUGACGCAGAUGUAGUUCCAGUCCACAACAAUCAAAGGAAUGUGCUGUUGCCCCGGACAAAAGGCAAACAAACAAAAUUCAAAUUUUUAACGUCAAGAUCACCGCCGGAUAGAAUAUAACAUGAAGAUUAGAAUUUGGUCAUAUAUGAUGGUAGGGUUUUACUGGGGUGAAACUGAACGUCCUUCCACAUGAUGUGUAGAAUUUGAGUGAACAUCAUUAUGUCAGACAGGACGGUAUUUUUAGUCUCAAGCCGGAUUAGUAGGAAAAGUUCUUUUAAUGUCUGACUCAACACUGUUUUGGCAUGUUAGUAGACCAAGAGAUAUUUUUUGUGAUUCACACCUUGAUUUUCUUUCCUCGAAAUUUGUCUGAAGGUUUACAAAAGGUGCACCUUAAAUUGAAAAGCGAAUCGAACGUCGAUAUGGCACAAAACAUCCAGCAAAUUAAUUCAAUGUAUGUAGUUUUCUCUAUCUUUAGUUCUGGCUUCUAGUUAAACUAGAUUGUAAGCGCUGAGUCGAGAUUGACGGAUGAAUGUUUUGGGGAGAAACCGAUCACCUGAGACCUUUCAAAAGCACAUUCUUGCAAGCUUUAUGUACCAUAACCACCGGCUGAAUACCAGACACCGAUCGAGAGUGUUAUAUCAACAGUGUUAUUCUGUUUACCAGAGAUUAAUGUUUUUACAGCGCUUGUUUUUAUACAUAAUUUCACAAGUGUGUGGGUUUUUUAUGAAACGUGCCAUUUUUAUUUGUCGAUCAUCCAUUAGGCCUUGUAGAACUAUGAAGCCUUUUUGACUCCUAUGAGAACAGGGUUGCCUUGUUCCUAAUGCCCUGUUUCUUUAUAUUGCCUUGAUUGAGAGAAUGAGAGUCACGUUAGAGAACGUCAAGGUAGCGUAGAUUCGGCAGUCGUAUGUGGAAACAGAGCAAGUGCGUUCCAGUCUUUGCCGUAACGGUGUGAGGACUCUAAAAUUCAUGCUUGAGUAUUUCGUUACAGGUUGUGAGUUCGAGAUUUGGUACACGAGAGAUGAGAUUAGUGUUGGGUCAGGGUUUGUCUUCAGUUCUCAUCUGUGUUGAUUUUGAGUUGUUUUCGAAUAGUACGUGACUGCUGGAUGACGUAAAAGAGGAACGGAGAAUAUAAUGAGAUGUUUUUAACAUUAAGUUGUGCCAAAGUCUUUUUUCCUCUUUUGAUUUUUUAUUUAAAUGUGUUUUGACUGGGUAUACUGAUUACGUACAAGGCUGCUUGUAAACCAGGAAAUAGAUGUUCACACCAAGGUACCCAAGUUACUGGCGAGGGUUUCAGCGUCACAACCAGACUCAAGAUGAAAUGUAUCUGAGUUCACUUGAGUCUGGAUUUCAGCCUGGUUUAGGUGCACAGACUUGAAAGGAUGCACGCCAUUGCCGUUUCCUCACUUAAAGCCUUAUAUUUCAGUGUUUGAACCCAUACAAACAUUCUCUCAAUCACAAAUGGGAAAUUACAGCAGAUGAGAUUUUAUUCUUCACACUUAUUUUACAUGUAUAUUAAUCAUGUUACACUUAACGUUCACUCUGUUUCAAAUCCUUUGUUAGAAAUAUAUUGUGUUGUUUGCAUAUAAAGAUUUUUUUUUUUUUAGAACUGUUUUAGAAUGUAGGAAAUGAAAUAUUGUUUAUCACUUUAUUUUACAUCAUGUUAAGUUCAUAAUGUUUAGCUAGUAAUGUUGUAUUCUUAAUUCCUUCAUGUUAGUUUUCAUGGUAGAAUGUUUGAAAUUUCAAGGAAUUUAGUUUUGAAUUUAUUGAACAAAAUGUUUUAUCUUGUCUUAAAAAAGAGUGAAAGCGACAGAAAGAGAGUUUAUUUGUAGCUAUUGUAAGGUUGAUAUUUUAACCCUUUAUUUUGUGUCGAAUCAAGACCACGUCUACACUUAGCUGGUUAAAGUAUCAAUUGUACAUGCUUGAGUAAAGGAAGUUAUUUUCUACUGUAUGCAUUUCAGAAUUUAAAAAAUCGUCUUGUAAUAUUUAAAAAAAAAAAAAAAAAAAUCCCUCAAUGUCAGGCCAAAAUUUGGGCUCCAGAGAUUUCUGAAUAUUUAAAGAUGUUAAACAAAGGAGGGAGGUCACAGGGUCGGGCCUCGAGCUGCAAACGAGAGAGAGAGCCAUAACUUAAGGGACGAAGGUUGACUUUUUGCACUUCUGUACAUAGUCAAUAUAAAGAAAAGAAAAGGAACAUGUAAAAUAUUGAGAUCUUAUUUUGAAUAAUAAAAGAUUCUAUAACUAUGAGAAAUUUUCUUAGGAUAAUUUAAGAAUUAGAGUAAUAGUCCAGCUAACAAAUGAUGCUUGCAGAAAUAUGGCACAGCUCUUUUAUUAUCAUUUCCGGCCAUCACGUUCAGAAAAAAAAUAAAAAAUAAAGCUCUGCAUUGCCUGCAUACAGUACCGACACGUACAGAGUCAAAAAUUGGCAGUACACAACAAAUAGAUACUACACCUUCAAAAACACAGUAUUUGUUGUAUUAUGGACAUAAAUAACUGCAUGAAUAAGAAAAAUUAACAGAGUAAAAUUCUCAUAAUAGAUAAGUACGUAGAUAAGUUACCAUAACUAUCAUUGCCACAGCAUUGUGUAAAUCAAGUAUCUCGAUCGAUAUCUGAGCCUGAAUUGAGGCAUGUUCGCUGAUAAUCCAUCCGAGUAUAACCGUAAGAACAGUACAAUUAUUAAAAAGGCCUUCAAACCGACUCUAGAUGCUAGCAAAAGACGUCCACUUAACACACAACAACAGAAGAGUUGCUUUGCUACUUGGUAACGUGCCUUCAGCAGGGAAAGGACACCAACCACACACACAAAAAAACACAAACAAAAUGAAUGUAACUGUCAAAUCCUCCGCUGAGGUCAGCGUUUUACUCAUUUGAGGUUGCUGCACAAGAGCUAUUAAACCAAAGCAUCACUUUCCUUCACUAAAUGCAAAGCCUAAAAGCUGGCCGGCCGCUGCAGACGGCGAAACCACAGGUGGUCCUACCUGCUGAAAGCACUUGCUCCAUGAAUUUACACCUGCCCUUUGCUUAUAGUUGCUGUAAGAUAUUGUGCUGCGUUCUAAAAGAAUUGUUUUAUGCACAUUUAUUAUUGUUAGAAUUGACUCUUACUGUUAUGAGUAAAAAAAAAAUGAAUAAAACAAAAUGGAUUUGCUCAAAA